CUCUCUCUCUCUCUCUGGCCUGCUGACGUCAUCGGGCUGCUCCGCUUCCUGCCGAGUCUCCAGCGGACACACACACACACCCACACACACACACACAUAUAGAAAACACACACACACACACUCUCCUACAGGGGAAACACACACAGAGGACACACACACACAGUCUCCAGCAGCUCCAGAGGAGACGCGGACGUGUCGGGUGGAGUUGUGUUGAGGUUCUCACUCAACAGGACGGCAGACAUCAUGGUGAACAUCCCAGAUUACUUUGCGGGGAAAAAUGUGCUGAUCACUGGAGCAACUGGCUUCAUGGGCAAGGUGCUGCUGGAGAAGCUGCUGAGGUCAUGCCCAGAGGUCAAAACUGUGUAUGUGAUGGUCAGGUCAAAAGCGGGCCAGUGUCCCAAGGCCCGCAUCGCUGACAUGGUCAACUGCAAGUUGUUUGAAAGGUUAAAAGACGAGCAGCCGGACUUCGCGGUGAAGAUCGUUGCGGUGAGCAGUGACCUCACGCUGCCGGAGCUGGAUCUGAGCAAAGAGGAUCAGAGCGUCCUGGCUGAGAACGUCAACAUCAUCUUCCACUGUGCCGCCACCAUCCGCUUCAAUGAGCCGCUCAAAGAUGCGAUGCAGCUGAACGUCCUGGCCACGCAGAAGAUGCUGGCGCUGGCCCACAGGAUGAAGCAGCUGGAGAUCUUCCUCCACGUCUCCACGGCCUACGCCAACUGUGACCGAGAGCUCAUCGAGGAAGUCGUCUACACUCCACCCGUCGACUACCGGAGACUCAUCGAUACUCUGGACUGGAUGGAUGAUGAACUGGUUUCCACGCUGACUCCCAAGCUGAUCGGAGAACGUCCCAACACUUACACCUACACCAAAGCCUUGGCUGAGUAUAUGGUGCAGCAGGAGGCCGGAGACCUGAACGUAGCCAUCGUCAGACCCUCCAUAGUCGGAGCCAGCUGGAAGGAGCCUUUUCCAGGUUGGAUUGAUAACUUCAAUGGACCCAGUGGGAUUUUCAUCGCAGCUGGUAAAGGGAUCCUGCGUACGAUGAGGGCGUCCAACGACGCUGUGGCCGAUCUGGUGCCUGUAGACGUGGUCAUCAACGCCACGCUGGCUGCAGCUUGGUACUCUGGAUCACAAAGGUGCAACAGGCCUAAAAACAUCAUGGUGUACAACUGCACGACUGGCGGGAUCAACCCGUUUCGCUGGGGGGAAGUCGAGUACCAUGUAAUAUCCACUUUCAAGAGGAACCCCCUCGAGCAGGCCUUCCGUCGGCCACAUGUUAAUCUCACAUCCAAUCACCUAAUCAAUCAGUACUGGAUCGCCGUGAGCCACAAGGCUCCGGCGUUCCUCUAUGAUCUGUAUCUCAGGCUGAUGGGACGAGAGCCCAGGAUGAUGAAGACGAUCACCCGCCUCCACAAAGCCAUGAUGGUGUUGGAGUAUUUCACCAGUCACUCCUGGGUGUGGAACAACGACAACGUGGGCAUGCUGUUGACCCAGAUGAGCCCCGAGGAUAAGAAGAUGUUUAACUUCGACGUGCGGCAGCUGCAUUGGGCGGAAUACAUGGAAAACUACUGCAUGGGCACCAAGAAAUACGUCCUGAACGAGGAGCUGUCGGGUCUUCCUGCUGCUCGCAAACACCUGAACAAGCUCAGGAACAUCCGCUACACCUUCAACACCGUCCUGGUGGUGCUCAUCUGGCGCGUGUUCAUCGCCCGCUCCCAGAUGGCCCGAAACAUCUGGUACUUUGUGGUGAGCCUGUGCUUCAAAUUCCUCUCCUACUUCAGAGCCUCCUCCACCAUGAGAUAGUGAGCCCGGGGGGGACGCGGCUGGCGAGGUGGAGGGACGAAGACGAGAAGAAAAACCCUGGCGCUCAGCCCCGUAGAAUGGCUCCACCCGGUGUUUCCUCCAACACUCUAAAGAUUAACUGGAUCCAUUAAAACACCACGGACACAGAUGGAGCCACUGGACGAGCCUCUGAUAUCUCAGAUAAUCUCUUCAGAGGAUUUAUCUCACAAUGUCGCAGACUAACAGCACUUGGACUAGUUUAAGAAUCGGGAGCACACUCUCUGUUCCUGCUCACAUUCACACUCUGUGGUGCCAGCUUUACUCCGGAGCACUUCCUGUAACCCUGCUCCGUGUCGUCUGCGCGCUCGCCUGGCUGCAAACUGAAGCUAUGCAUUGGAUGAUGCUCUGCUGCAAGAAGCCUCCGCUGGUUUCGAGUCAGUCCAGACAUUGUUGCUGUGCUGUAGGUUCUUUCUCUAAACGUAGUCUAACCGCUUCACCUGCUGCGUGGGUCGCAACUCCCUCGGUUUAUUUUGUAUCUGCCUGUAAGUUUGUGUUGAGGGUCUUGUCAGUUUUAAAGAAAUGUUUUCAAAAACCUGUUUUAUAAAGAAACGUAUACGAAAGAAAGAGGCGCAGGACGAACUGCUCGGUUUCUGGGGGACGUUGAAGAUGACGGAUGUUUCUGAACCAACUCGGUGAAUGUUUGUUCAGGAACAGGCCGGCUUAGAGAUCAUAGAUAAAUCUGUCGUCAUCCUCAAAACCAAAGUCUUUUCGCCCAUUGCUCAUGUUUGGAUCUCGUCUACUCAGACGACGUCUUAUCAACAGUUGUCAUUGGUCGUCUUUCCCUCUUCCUGCUUUGCAAAGACUCAGCUUCAACAUUACCGGGCUCCUAAAGUCACCGGUUCCCUCACACAAUGCAGAUCGUGACACGAUGCCGUUUUUUUUUUUCUCGUCAUGUCCGAAAGUCAUUUGUGACGACUCUUUUCUUGCCAAAGACUCGUAGCUCGGUGGAGGAGGAGACUGGCGGAGUCGAGAGGAGGAAUCUCGUCACGUUUGGCUCCUUUUUUCUCGUUUUAUGCUUUUGAAAUGUGAACUUUCAUCAUCUCAAGUCGCAGCCAGAACACAUUCAUGUUGACUACUCGUGUUCUCUCUUAGUAAACCACAUUUCACAUGGCUCUGACUGUCGCUUGUCUUCUUUGUGAAAGGUUGAUUUUUGAAUUAUGGAUCAUUUGUAAAAGGAUGCAGCAGGAGCAGGUUUUUCAGGAUUCCUCAUCAAUCUGUUGCCUUCAUUUUUUCCAUCUCGCUAAAAACACUUUCAGAAAAGAACUGGCAACAUAAGCUGAAAGUCGAGCAUCAUUCAUCUCCGUGUUUUUACAGGAAUCACUCUUCAAUGCCAUAUGAAGUCUGAAGUGAACACACCUGAGGUUUACCUGUGCACAUAUUUCUAUUUCCCACACACACGAUGUUUGAAGACGAGGGGUGUGACUGUGUGUUUGUUCUUGUCCUCUCUUUAUUCCAGAGCUUUCAGUUUGAGAGCAGCACUUGUUGAUUUCACGUUAAAAACCCUGCGCUCUCACUCAAACAGCUCAAACUGUGCGCUUGUACUCUGAUAUUUUGUUGCUUGGACAGAUUUCCCUGUGCUCCAGCUUCAGCUCGGCUCCUUGCGCUCACGUUGCUUCUGUGUGCACAUGAUGUCACAUGAUACGUCUGCUCUCGGAUUUCUCCUCUGCGCUUCAGUGCAAACAGGUCUAACCAAUAGAUGCCAGAGUGUAGUGAUGACAAAUGAACACGCUCUCGUUGUGGGUGAGUAAGCUGAGUGUGUAAAUAAAGAGGAUGAGAGCUGGAGUGCAUGAAAGUAGUUAAAGUUACCACUUAUAAAAGUAAAGCUAACGCAGCUACAAUGAGGGGUGGGACCCGGCAUUCUAUUGGUUGGCUUGUUGCACGAAUAAGAUCCAAGAGCAGAGGAGCAAAUGAUUUACACGAGCGUAGAAGCAGCGUGAGCUUGAGGAGGUGAGCUGAACACAGUUUGAGCACAAGCAGAGCAAAUCCAAGCUCAAAAUCUGAUUGUGAAAUCAAUAGGUCCUGCUCUGCAACUGAAAGACCACGCUCCUGAAUAACAAGAGGGGGGGGGGAGGGACAUGUCAACUGGUCGUUUGUCGUCGUCGUCGCUCGUGUCUUCAGCUUCACUCACCUCCUGUGUCUUGUGUCUUUUAAUUAAUGAGACUUUUCACUCUCAGCUACAUGAAGCACUUUCACACGGGCUCAUGUGAUCGGCGGGAGAAAACGCAGACGUGUGCAUGCGAGAAUUGUGCCUGAACCUUUGUCAAUAUUCUAACAAUGUGAAAAGAGUCAAUCAGAUCUAUGUUUUCUAAUUAUUUUGUGUACAGCUCUAUCUAGGUAGACUUCAGAAAUCAAAGUGUGUAACGGAUGUAUUUUUGUGCUGAUGACAUUGUGGCUGUUUUACUGACGCAAAAAGCAACUGCAGCUGCUGUAAAUAACAAUAAGUGUGUGAACAUGAGCGCAGAAUGUUCCGAGCUGGUUUAAUAACUGUUUUAAAUGCUUGUCACUGUUUACGUACAUGUUCUUUCUGUCUGAAUGUAGAAUAACACGGCCUGAAUCAUCUGCACAGAACCUUCCUCUGACUCAUGAAACAACAAGUUAUCAAACUGUACUUGCCUGAAUUUGAGGCUGUGCGAUGGAUCCUCGCCGCUGUGACUCGGUUUCGUCGUGCCGGUGCGUUUGUGUGUUUGUGUGUGUGUGCGUGCAGGUCAGUUGUUGUGACGCUUUCAUGUGGCGUGAUCUAAUUCACGGUUCUCGUCGAGCUCGUCCUUGUGAUUAGAGGCGUGAGAUGUGGGAACUGAUUCUUUUUCGUGUUCUCGAAUUUUGAUGUCUGGAAAUACUGAUGUCGUUGGAAUCACCUCAGCGUUAACUCGGCUCGGAAAGAGACACGUCGAUCCUUUGAUUCAAAGGAAACAGGUUUUCAAAUCUUGAGUGUUUCCAUAUCAAAUCUUAUUUAAAGGAAUAGUUUGGACUUUGGGAAAUAGGAAUGUGCUUCUUUUGCUGAGUGUUGGAGGAAAUGUUCUGCAUCACGGUUCUGUCCAGAAACACAAAUGCAUAAAUCAGUUUUUUGACACACACAUUUUCUAUAGUCAGAAAACAUUGCAUUCAUGUUAAACUCAUAGAAAAAAGUUUCACAAAAUACAUUUUCAGGGUCUUUAACAAUAUAUAUCUUUGUAUAUAUCAAUUAUUUUCCAUCGGGCUUUUGUUGAACUAAUUGCAUUUUGUCGUUACGAUCAUUUAAAAACAUACAUUUUGCAUAAACUCAUCAUAAUCAAUGAACUGUUGUUUUCAUGAAGUAGAAAUGUUUCCCCGUCUGUUUCAGAGUCGACGACCUGUGUAUUAAUAACAUCAGAGUGUGAGUGGUGGCUUUGUUUGUGUAUUAUCAUUUAUCUUUUAACUCUCCCAGCUUCUUCUCCUCUUUGCCUCUUCGUACGUGGCCGACACAUCACGGGGCCGUUCUGCUCAGGCUGAGGUUGUGGUUGAUUUCAGACGUUUUAAAAACUGUGUGGUUCUGGACAUUUCAUCGCAACGUAAACAAAAACACGUCGGGGCCACGAUGUCGAGUUUCUCGCCACAGUCAUGCGUCCGUGUGAAACUCAACAAAAAACAAAACAAUAAAUCAAUGGUGCCUUUUGUUUGUAAACCAAAAAGAAGGAAUAAACAGAUUAAUCCUC